AUGGAGGUUGGGCGCGCUUCCUAUCGGGCAGCACAAGCCGCGAAGCUUGCAGCACCUCAGGUGCCCGAUCCAACAGAUUGGUUGUACCCUGCACGGCCCUAUCCUUCGCACGCCUGGAAGUGGGAGGGUCCGGGGCCAGUACCAAGGCAGGGUGAGCGGGGCUUUCGCUGGUAUGCCCGGCAGGCAUUGGAGCGGUUCAGGCAAAGCGGAAAGGAGGAAGAAGCUUUGAAGAGUUCAGAUGAGUUUCCACUGCAGAGGUACCAACUGAGGGUCGCUUUUUUGCUUCAUCCCAAAUCUCCGCUCUCUCGCUUGCUGGUGGCUCAUGCCACUGGCUCUGGCAAGACUCGUACGGUGCUGGCAACCGCCGAAUCGUUCUACCGAUCCGGAAAGGCAACGGUACUUUUCUUUCCAGAGGAAGCAGUGAAGGAAAACUUCUACCAGGAGAUUCUGAAAUUUCCGGGUGCAUGGCGUGACUUCUUCUGCGCCUGCAUGGAAGUGUCAAAUUGGCGGCAGAGGCGCUUCCGCUGCUGGAGUCCCGAGGAAAUCGCAGAGUUCAACACCUCUGAGGUAGAGGCCUGCCUGGGAAUGGAGCGAAAAAUCCGUCUGGGAGAGAUUUCGAGCACAUUCCUGGAGGACUGGUCACAAGCACAUCCAGAUGUGCCUCCCCCACUCGCACCGUUGCGUGCAUUCAAGUACACUUCAGCCGGAGGCUCACGAGGAGGAUGGAAGAGAAAUGGAAGCUUCGAUGCGUCCAGAAUGGACAGCGUGUUUCGUUUCGGCUUUGAUGGAAAGAAUCCAAUGAGCAACAAGAAUCUGGUCUUCGAUGAGGUUCACAACAUGCUGGCGCUGCCAAGGUGGAAAGGGACCUACUGGAAGGAGCCUUUACGAAGGCUUCGGAAGGCAGUGGCAGACUGUCGAGGAUCCGCGUUGGUCUUUCUGACGGGCAGUCCAGUGCAAACGGACAUCGAAGAUGGCCAACGGCUGCUGCGCGUUUUGAAAGGCAGUGAACAUGCGCAUGCCGGUCCUGAAGGGUGGUUGGACAUGCACAUGGAACGCCCGCCAGAGUACUUCCCAAAGGUGUAUCCAGAGGGCGUUCCAGAUAGACCUUUGUGCUGUCGCACCAGAGAGGAGUUGGUAGCGGCCAUCGACUUGCCAGAAGAGAUGGAUGCCAAGUAUCGCGAAGUGGAUCGUCAAGGGGCUGACCUUGUUCGCCUCAGGGACUGCUGCAAUCUGUCAGUGCACCACACCUGGGCUCUGCGACCUCAAAAGCGACAGUUGAUGUUGGAGGCGGCUGAGCAGCACGCCCUGAAGCUACACGAGGUUGCAAGAGCUGUCUGGAAGUCUGGCGAAAAGGCAAUGGCGGCAGUUUCGCGGCGAGGUGGCUUGCAGGUCCUGAAGGAGCUCAUGAAGCUUUAUGCUCCAGAUGAUCAUGUGCAAAUUGCCGUGUUCUCUGGACAUAGUAGCACCAUUCUCUCGCGAACAGCCGAAGAAGCUGUGCCGCCCACUGAGGCGCUUCGGCGCUUCAAUGACACCAAGCACAUUGAGGUCCGCGUCUUACUUCUCGACACUGCCUUCGGCCGAGAGGGAGUUUCAGCUUUAGGUGUUGGUCAACUACAUUUAGUGGAUGUGCCUGCAAGCUGGGCAGAGUACAAACAGACAGUUGGCAGAGCCAUUCGCUUCGGCGAUGUGAAAGAGGGUGUACGACGAAGUUUACAGGUUUGUCUUUGGGUCGCCAGGCUGCUGGAUGAAGAGUCUGCAGACGAGGUGCUCUUGGCACAACUGUUGGAGCAAGGGGAAGAGCUGUGUGCUGCCGAAGAUGAACUUCGAAGUUGGAGUUUUGAAUGA